AUGCGAUGCGCGAGCAAGGCCGCCGAGAGCGCGUCUGCACGUCUCUGUGCGGACGCCGAAGCAGAAACUACAGCAACUGAUGUCCCAUCGGUUGCUGAAUCGACUCAGCCUGUAUCACCUGGUGAUGCAGGCGCUGGUCAUGAAGACACUCGUGUCUUCACAGAGUACGAGCUCGGUGUCUCGUACUCUCCUGAUACGGAUGACGGAUCCGUAUCGACGGCAAUUGAAUCCAAGCCGCCUGCCAAGCGUGGCAUGGACGAUGCUUUGCGUCGCAGCAUCUUUGGUUCAUCUGAUGAGUCAGAUGAACCAUCGCCGAAGCGAAGGCGCUCGAGGUCGCGAGACUCGGGCGCUAAUAGUGGUGUCGGUUCUCCAACGGACACCACUUCACAGCGAGGUGCCAGUACUUCUGUCGGCACGUCGCAGGAAGAGCGGGACCGCAAUGUGUUGCGUCUCGCUCCAGAAAAGAAGGCAUGGAUGCCUCCUAAAUCCGUCAUGGAUCACUUGUCGGCGACGACGAGUGAUCGUUAUCGAACACGAUUGUUCGAUUCGUCAAGGAUCCAUCACCUUGACCCCAGCGCGAAAGACUAUCGCGCUGAACAUGAGUUCUUCAUCGAUGCUUUCUUCAGACAUCGAUGGUACAGUGGGAAUCACAAACGUGAUGGUCCCUCACUACUUCAGGCGUGGAACGCCUACAUCCAUAAUCUCGAGGAUGUAGGUCGUGACGCUUGGAACGACAAACUUAUCAAAGCUCGUGAUAAGUUUGAAAAGCGAACCCCGACAGGUGCACGCUACAAGCUGCAUCGUCUGUCAAGGGAGAAAGGAUUACCCUGCCUCUCUUGGGGGAGACUCGUGCCCAUGUUGUGUGAACAACUCUGCACGAGCACCUAA